UUUCCUAACUCGCCAGCAAGCCUAUCCGGUCCUUGGAAGAUCCAAUUGGAUCCGGGAGUGCGCGCCCGGCCGGCCCCGCGCGGGCGGGCGGGAGGUGUGGCCGCAGCGCGCCCCGCCCCUGCUCCGUGGCGGUUGCUUUCCGCGGGCGCCGGAGCGGGACACGGAGACAUGGGCUCUACCUGGCGCCGCCCCGGCUGGGCGCGGCUGGCGCUCUGCCUCGCGGGCCUGGCGCUCUCCCUCUACGCGCUGCACGUGAAGGCGGCGCGCGCCCGGGACCGGGACUACCGCGCGCUCUGCGACGUGGGCACCGCCAUCAGCUGCUCGCGCGUCUUCUCCUCCAGGUGCGCGUGGGAGCCGGAGGCUCGGGGCGCCGGGCUGUUCGUGGGAGCGGUGCACCGGGGCCAGAUGUGGGGCCGGGGCUUCGGGCUGGUGGAACAAGUGCUGGGUGCAGACAGCAUCUUCAAUCAAUCCAACAGCAUUUUCGGGUGCAUCUUCUACUCGCUCCAGCUGUUGCUAGGUUGCCUCCGGGGCCGCUGGGCAUCCCUCCUGCAGUUGCUGAGUUCCCUGUUGUCUCUCGCUGGUUCUGUCUACCUGGCCUGGAUCCUGUUCUUUGUGCUCUAUGAUUUCUGCAUUGUUUGCAUCACCACCUAUGCCAUCAACGUGGGCCUGAUGGUGCUCAACUUCCGGGAGGUCCAGAGACCCCAGGGCAAGGUCAAGGGGCACUAAGCCCUCACUGACCUCAUGCUCUGCUUUUGCGUCAGCCUUGCCAAAGGGGAGCACGUCUGGGUCCUAGAGGAGUCUGCAGCCCACCUCCACCAUCCUCCCAGCACUGGACAUGGACCGAGUGCGCCAAACUCUUCCUCCACCUAGUGCCUCUGGCUCUGCCCCAAGGAUUGGUUUCCAAAGCUCCUGUCUUUGCCCAAGGAAGGAGGGUUCUGAGCAAUAAAAUGUCUUAAAUUGGUUAAGUCUGA